AGGAGGAGUGGCCAGCAGAGUCGCUUCAUAAACGCGCAGAGCUCCUUUGUAAGUAGAUUACAACAAACUGCCUUCAAGAAAGAUUUGAAAAAUAACUACUACACGGGAAGGAUUAUAAUUUACACUUCACAGACUAAAGAUGAGCAAGGACUCAGAGGUGGACAUGAAGGAUGUGGAGCUCAAUGAGCUGGACCCUGAGAAGCAGCCCAUGACCGGCGAUGGCCAGACUGUAGGAGGUGAGAAGAAUGGAAGCGUCAAAGUGAAGGUUCCGGAGGAGGAUGUUACAUUCACUGGCCUGUCCAAAGAAGAACUCAUGAAGGUUGCAGGCACUCCAGGAUGGGUGCGGACCCGCUGGGUGCUGCUCAUCCUCUUCUGGCUGGGUUGGGUGGGCAUGCUGGCUGGGGCCAUCGUCAUCAUAGUGCAGGCUCCACGCUGCAAACCCAUUCCGGAGAUGAACUGGUGGAACAUGGGACCUUUAUACCAGAUAUCUGACCUUGAGGCUUUCUCCAAUGGACUGGCAGGUGUUGAGAAUAAAUUGGACAAUGUCAACCAGCUGAAGGUGAAAGGUUUGGUGCUCGGCCCUAUUCACACGGUGCAGGCUGACAAGCCAAACACUUUGGACUUGAAACGGAUUGACCCUACUCAGGGAAGUGAGAAGGACCUCCUUGCUGUCUUGGAAAAGGCUCAUAAGAAGGGUAUUUCUGUGGUGCUCGACUUGACUCCAAACUAUCUGGGAGCGUCUCCAUGGUUCAGCGACAGCGUCCUUAACGAUGUCGUGAAUGAUGUCCAGGCUGCGGCGAAACACUGGCUUAGUCUGGGCGUCAACGGCAUCAAGAUUUCCGGCCUUGCCUCAGCCUCCAAUGCUCUGGACUGGUCCAGCCUGCAGGGCACGGUCCAGGGCAACGAUACGGAGGAUGCCAAGAAACUGCUGAUGGGCGUGGCUGAAGGUGUUUCGGUCACUGAGGUGUCCCAGCUGGUCAAUGGCUCCAGCGCUGAUCUGGUGCUGUCGGACCUGCUCAGCACUAGAAGUAAAGGCGGGGAGCGCAUCAACGCCUUAGACACCCUGCACCUUCAGCAGAGAAGCCUGGCUUGGGGUCUUGGCGCCGCCCAACGGGACCAACUGUCCAAACGGGCCGCAUCUCAAGCUUUGAUUCGCCUCUACCAGCUGCUGCUCUUCACCAUGCCCGGAACGCCCGUGUUCAACUAUGGUGACGAAAUCGGCCUCCAGAUGCAGGGUGACGAAUCUCCCAAGAUGGUUUGGAACAUUGAGAAGGAGCCAGAGGAGGGAGCUGCUGUCAACGAGACUUCAGAGGCCGAACGUAAAGAAUACAUAGCAGUGAGAAAAUGGUUCAAAUCUCUCAGCGACCUUAGAGGUAAAGAGCGCUCCCUCCUCCACGGCGAUUACUACUCUCUCCAGUCGUCCGCCACCUCCCUCUCUUUCUUACGCUUGUGGGACCAGAGCGACAGAUUCAUCACGGCAGUUAACUGGGGCUAUGCGCCGGAGACACUCGAACUCAAGCUCCCACCAACAGAAGGAGUCGAGUUGCCAGAAUCAGCACUAGUGAAGGUGUCCACUGAUCCAGAACUGGAGGUAGAUUCCAAAGUCCCCCUAGACAAAAUCACCGUGGGACCUGGACAAGGUGUUCUUCUGCACUUCCCUUACACAGGCUGAAGAUGGCGCCAGGCUGCAGGAAAGUCACCAGUAGUUUGACUUUUAGUUUUGUUUUAAGACAGGAGUCAAUCUGAUGUAUGAAGAAUAAAGGUGGCUGCAGAACAUUUCUUUUUACAUAUUUUAAAGGAUUUGGCUAAACAAGAAUUGACAAAUACCAGUGUAUGGCCAGCUGUUACAAUUUUGGAGUUUAUUUUUAAAAGUCAUUUUAGAUGUGCACUCAGUGAAAAUACAUAUUAUUCAGACAUUCCAUUCUUCAAAAGAAAUUGUACUUUUAGUAGUUUGGCUGUGUGUAUGACAGAAAGAGAAGAAGGAAAAAGAGUUCAAGAAAACUCAAGAGAAAUGAAUAAAAGUUCUGUACUGGC